GACGGCUUGGAUUUACUGCUGCCCAUCUCGUGUGCUUCACUGCUGCUCGGCCGCUUCAUCCCCACCGCAUCCUUCAACAGAUCCGCCACGCGAUCGCCCGUCUGGUUGAUGAAAUCCCCCACGCUGCUGGCGGUCUCUGUUACGAAUUUCUCAAAGGAUUCCCCAGCGGAUGAUGACAUAGUCCACAGAAAAUUACCACGUUACAAGUUAUCCACUCAUUCAGCGAAAAACAUGAAGCGCAUUCGCAAUUAACAAUCCGAAAAGUACAGCAGAAAGACUGCAAAACCUGCUGAAAGAAAAACUCAGUAGAAAUUUGUCGAAAUUUCAUGUCUGAUCCUGCAUGACUCACCAGCAGCCCAACUGGCGUUAUCGGCGGUUGGUAUUGCGACAGACCUGGAUUUUGUACAACAGCCUUCUCCUCGUUCUGAUUAACUUUUUUUGCCAUGGGCCCAUGAUGUUCAUUUUCCAUUGAAUUCCACUGGUGCCUUUUAAUUUCCACUGCGGUCCUUUAAUUCUCGUUUGUUUUCUGCGCUGAUGUCGUAAUUUGCCAUUAUUUGCGCCCACUGCGACGUGCUGCUGCGAUCGUCUUUCACAGAAUAGAGAAUUUACUCGAUUAUCCGCACCGUGCUGCGCACUAGUUUGCAGGGUUCCCUGGGAGUGGGAGCGACUCGACGCGACGCAAUUCCCCCAUCCCGCCAUAUCCUUCCACAAUGACUUCGUUUCCCCGGGCUCCGAUGAAGCGUACCUUCGAUAAGCCAGGCAACGACGUCCCCGGUCCAGGCGCGUACGACCCGGAUAACGGCUCUAAACGCGCUGCCUGCCGAAAACUGCCCCGCCGCGUCUCACUCUCCACCUCGCAUGAAACUCUGGCGCGCUUGCCACCACUCAACAAGAACACGGCCGGAGCGAAUGGUGGAGAGUCCGGGGCGCCGACCGUGGGGCGUGGCGACGGUGUGGGCCGGGACAUUGCGGAGGCGGAUGGAAAGGCCGGCGGGCAGUACGACGCGGUGCGCGCCCUGGUCGAGCAGCCGGAUGGCGAUGUGGCGGCGCUGAAGGGGGCGCUGCGCGCCCGUGACCAGGUGAUUGCCGAGCUGCGCCGCCAGUUGACCGAGGAGAAGGCGAAGCGGGAUGAAUGUGCCGGGCGGGAGCAGCGCCUGCAGGCCGACAUGGAAUCCAUGCUGAGCCAUCGGGAGGAUCGGGAUCGCGCGGUUGCAGUGCUGAUCCGCGAGGGCGAGGAUCUGCGCGACAUGAUCGUGCAGCUGCGCGACGCUCUGGUGGCCAAGGUGUUUGGGCAGGGCCACGACGGAGCCGGAUAUCCGGAGGCGUGAGCGCGUUUCCCCAGGGGCGGCGGCCGGUUUUGUGGCCGGUUUGGUGUUUUUAUUUAUUUUUUUUUAGUUUAAAGAGUUUUAUCAGUUUUACCGGUGAAAAGGUUGUCCCGGGUUUUUUGUGCCAAAGAUUUUUUGUGUGAUGUUUUGAUGAGGCAGUAUUACGGAUGGAAUGCAAGAAUUUAAAAGUAUUUCCCGUUGUUGGAUGUGCUCGUUCAGCAUCUCUUUCAUGCAGUCUGUAAAUUAUGGAAACAAUUAGGAAAUUUGCAAAUUCAUUUUGAAUC